AUGUUCUCUGCUUUGGUCCUACUGAGUUCUGCCCUGCUGGUUACUGCUUUCCCUGUUGAAGCAGCCUCCAAGACUUCCAUUGACACCAUCUGGAAUGGCGUCGAGAUGGGACCUCCUGAUGCCAUUCUGGGUAUCGCCCAAAAUUUCCGAGCGUCCACCGAUGAGCGCAAGGUCAAUGUUUGCGUUGGAGCCUACCGUGAUGAAACUGGACAGCCGUGGGUGCUUCCAUCCGUCCGUGCUGCCGAAGGAAAAAUGAUUGAGAACAAUGAGAACAAGGAAUACCUUCCCAUUGACGGAGACGCUGCCUUUGUCGAAAAGGCACUCAAAUUUGCCUAUGGAGCCGAUGCCCCUUUGGAACGUAUUGCUGGAGUUCAAACACUGUCCGGAACUGGAGCAUGUCGCAUUGGAGGAAAGUUCCUAGCCGAAUUCUUCUCGGGAAACAAGAUUUACCUCCCCGUCCCAACCUGGGGAAACCACCACAAGAUCUUUGGUGAAUGUGGAUUGGAUGUGCAAACUUACAGAUACUAUGACCGCUCCACCAAUCGUCUUGAUUUGGAUGGUAUGCUUGCCGACAUUAAGGAUGCCCCUGAUGGUUCGAUCAUCCUGCUUCAUGCUUGUGCUCACAAUCCUACUGGUUGCGACCCCAACUCGUCGCAAUGGAGAGCUUUGAUGGAUCUUAUCAAGGAAAAGGGACACUUGAUCUUCUUUGAUUCUGCAUACCAAGGAUUUGCUUCUGGAGAUGCAGAGGCCGAUGCUCAAGCUUUGCGCAACGUUAUGAAGGAGGGACUUCCUAUGCUUUUGGCCCAAUCUUUUGCCAAGAACUUUGGGCUUUAUGGAGAGCGAUGCGGAACCCUCAGUGUGGUCUGCAAGGACGCCGAGACAAAGGACAUUUUGAUGAGUCAAUUGAAGAAUAUCAUUCGUCCCAUGUACUCUUCUCCACCAAAGCACGGCUCUUCCAUUGUGAAGACCGUCUUGUCUGACGAUGCGCUUACCGGUCAAUACUACAAGGAAUGCACCCAAAUGGCCGACCGAAUCCAAAGUAUGCGUACUCGUCUGGUCGAAGCUAUCAAGGAAGCUGGUAGCACGCAUGACUGGUCCCAUGUGACCGAGCAAAUUGGCAUGUUUGCGUACACGGGCAUGUCGGCCGAAAUGUGCGAUCAACUCACCGACGAAUAUGCCAUUUACCUUACCCGUGAUGGAAGAAUCUCCAUUGCCGGACUCAAUGACAAUAACUUGAAGUAUGUCGCCGAAGCCGUUCAUGCCGUCACUGACGGAAAGAGCAUCACCUCCAACUAA